CGCUUAUUUGGGGGUCAGUUUGAUAAGACACAUCGGCAAGAAUGCUCCGUAGGCCGCAGACUAGUGUGGUCUUCCUUUCUCUAUCGAUCUUGGGAACCGUACUCAGCUCUGAGGUAACACACAUUGAUCCCAGAUUGGGGAGCACCAACGGUGGGACCAAGGUUACGUUAUACGGCAGCGGCUUUGCUGCCAACCAGUUUAACUGGGGGAGCGGGAACGAAAAUCUCGGCAAUGAAGUGACAAUUGUUUCAGGAACGCAGUCUUAUGCGACAGAAAUACACAAGGACGGGAGCAACGAAAACCAGAUCCAGUUCUUUACCCCGCCGUUACCAGCAGGAAAAUACUCCUUCCGGGUCAAAGUUGAUGGAAAAGAGGUUACGAGUCUCUGUGUAAAAGAUUCCUCGAAAUGUAACUUCGAGACCAAUUCUUGGGCAACACCAACUAUUGAAGAAGUUUACCCCAGAUCCGGAGAACCAGGCACACUUUUGACGUUGAGGGGUAGAAUCGUCACCACUAGAUAUGGCAGUAACAUCGCCGAGAGUGACAAUGGAAGAGAGGAGAAACUUCUUAGGAUUUAUGCUCCACAGGGAUACAAGUGCGAGAUGAAACCAGAUGGCUCUGAUACAUUUUUUGGAAUAGGCUUAAACAGUGAAACCAGCCUAAAGGGGUAUUUUACUUGCCAAACAACAGGAACAUAUGUCACCAAUGGGAACAUCAGCUAUAUUGUGGAGGGACAGUUUGGAAGAUCUCUCCCUGUGAAUGAUGUUUUAAAGUACAGUGGAAACAAUGUUAUCCAAAUGUUUCAGACUUACGCAGUCAUCAAUUCGGUCACCCCAUCCUUGGGAAGCACCAGUGGAGGUACCCAGAUCAAACUCACCGGUCGCUUCUUCAACAACACAGAGAAAACAUUGAGAGUGGAAGUUGGUGGUGAACCAUGUACAAAUCUAAAGUUGGUGUCUGACUCGGAGAUAACAUGUGACACGCCAGCCCAGCCUCCUGUCCAACCAUAUUAUACAGGUAGUAGAGGUUUGCUAUUUGAGUCCUGGACGAGCACUGCCAAGACCUUCGACACCAUCGAUGAUGUAUUAACCAUGGACAGCUCAGCCUCGGACUAUAACUCCUCCCUUGUUGAUGAGACAUAUUUCGAGGAUAAUUCAAACAAAAGCUUUGUUUCACGUCUCAGUGGAUUGUUCAUUCCUUCCCAUAAUUCCUCGUACAGAUUUUUCAUUAAAUGUGACAACUACGCAGCACUUUACUUUAGUACGUCAGAAAAUGCAGCGGAUAAACAAAAGAUCGCUACUUGCUCAAAAUACUCUAACAGCUUUUUUGAUCGUUCAGAACAAGCCUCUACCCUGGUUACGCUAACUGCAGGCAAAAAAUAUUACCUUAUGAUCUUACAUGGAGAAUAUUUUGGAGGGGCUUUUGUACGGGUGGGAGUGAAAAUGUUCACCUCGCCAGUAUCUAACCAGAUGUGUGGAUCAGCUGACCAGGAGAAACAGACAGUCAAAGUUGCAUCGACAAAGGUCAAAGAAGUUCAGACUGUGAGCUUAUCCAAUUUCAAUGACCAAGACGAAACCUACACUCCUGAGAAACAAACAGUAGUGGUGUCUAACAUUGGCGGAAAUGAGCAAAUCACCUUUAGACUGGGAUUGUAUGGAGUUUUUACAGGUCCCCUGAAGGCGAGCAGUGAUGGAACAGCCAUUGAAGCAGCCCUGAAUCUACUUCCUGUCAUUGCCCCUGACACAGUGUCAAUCAGUGCCACCACCGGCUCCACCAGCAACACCUUCGAAAUCACAUUCAAUUCUGCUUUAGGAGACAUUCCAAUGCUUCAAACGAAGAUUGACGUAACAGGAAGUUCGCUGUCGGUCAGCGCAACAGAAACCCAGAAAGGCGUGGCCGGAAGAAAGAGCGUCCGCUUUAGUAUGGAUGGCAAAAUCUCUCCAGCGUUCACAUACGGAGGUCCUGUUGGUGAUGUCCAAGCUGCAGUAGAGGGGCUGUUUUCUGUGAGGUGCCCAUCCACCUUUGUUGCCGGUGACAACAAAUAUUUUCAGGAUUUUGAAGACCAGAAAGCCGUUGAAGCCAUGGGAAAAAUUAUCAGCUACGUCUCGCCUUUCUGUGGUCGACAUGCCAUCAUAAACCCCAAAUUUAUAUAUAAGGCAUCAGAUAAGAAACUGGGCAUUAGUGUCACCCAGUAUGGAGUGGUGUGUUUUGCCUACUUUGGUCCGAUCAAAUCACUUCUUAGAGUGAAUUACAAUUUUUAUGAUAAGACGAAACUGACUACAGAAUCAGCCACCAACUACCUGACCAUAGCCAAUGCUGCAGCAUCGACAAAGUGGAACUAUGUGUGUGUGGAUAUCCUGGAUGCCCUGUCCACAUUGAAAACAGAUGGCAGUUCUUUUGAGGCCAGAGAAAUGAACUUGUAUCGUGAAGACAACGCUGUUGAUGAUCUGUUAGUAGAUGCUGUGAUUGUUGUUCGUAGUGACCUAGCCACUGAUACUCAAGAGGGUAUCCGUGAACAGCGAAUGGUUGGGGCCACACCGGGGGGAUUCCCCAUGAAGACUCUCCAGGUGGAGGAGAAUGCUGGAGUCUACACCAUCACCAUGUCACCUAACAACUGCAGCUUUGGAAUCCCCCUGCUUGGGCUGGGUAAUGCACAGGCCUCCCAGUCAGAUCUGGUGGCUUCCACAUCAGCCUCAUUUUCAACUUCAACCAAAGCAGGAAGUACUGUAUCCAUGACAACCAGCCGAACAUCUGCUGCUUCUCCUCCAGUCACAGGAACUGUUGGAUUUACAUUUGAAGGAAAAACUGUUGAAAUUCCAGCUAAAGCUCUGGAGACAGAGGUGAAAGACUUGUUGAUGACGAUCCCAAACAUCGGAAAUGUCCACGUGAAGAAGGAAGGAGACUGUGCAGAAUUUGAGUGGCAGGUCACAUGGCUCAGCCGGAUGGGUGACCUCCCAGCAGCCACGGUGGAUGGUACAAAAUUACGAGGCAUCUCCCCCGCAGCCACCAUACAGACAGUUCAGAAUGGAGGUUUGUGGUAUAACCCUAUCCCUGGAGACAUGCUGAGAACUUAUGAAUCCACACCUCAGGUGAUUGCCUAUGUGAAUGAUAUUCCCACUCGUUGUGAGGGUACCUGCAAAUUUGAAUGGCAAGCUUCCAGUACUCCUGUAGUUUCAGCCAUAUCACCUACCUCAGCUUACACUGGAGACUCCCUGACAAUAACUGGUACAUCAUUUGGAGCAUCAGCAGCUGAUAAUUCGGUCACCAUCGGAGGAGUGGCCUGUACAGUGACCUCUGCUUCGUCCACCCAGCUGGUGUGUACUGUGGGGGCUGGUACAGGAAGCCACGCGGUAGAGGUCAAUGUUGCCGGGGUAGGACUGGCCAGCGGUAGCUUCAGCUUCAGUUAUAACACACGGAUCACCAGCAUCACUCCAACAAGUGGCAGUUUAGCCGGUGGAUCUCGGCUGACGGUCGCAGGGUCAGGAUUCUCUCCCACAGCUGUAGUAGCAGUCAACACAGACACAUGUACUGUAGUGACGGCCACCACAUCAGAAAUUGUCUGUCUCACCCCCUCUGCAUCUACUCCAGGCAGUGCAUCAGUGACCUUGGCCCAGGCAGGUACGACCUUGACAGCUUCUCAACAGUUCAAUUACGAUGCAGCCUUGACAGCUAAUAUCAACUCUGUGUCUCCUUCUUCAUCCAGUGUUACAGGAGGUGGCACCCUGGUCCUACAGGGUACAGGUUUUGGAUCUACUCAGCCAGCUGGCACCACUCUUGUGAUUGGGAGUGAGCCUGCCACUAUUAUCUCGUACAGCGAUACCCAGGUGGAGGCAACUCUACCAGCUCAGGCUGCAGGAGACCAUGUCAUCAAGUUCUCUGUUGGCAAUAAUGGUUACGCAGCAAACUCAGCCAGCACCAAGAGCAUUGCCUAUCGACUGAAAGUAACCAACAUAUCCCCCCGCAGUGGUUCUCUGUAUGGAGGUACCAUUGUGACUGUAACGGGACAGGGUUUCGGUAACACUGCUUCUAACAUUAAGGCCAACAUGGGCAGUUAUAAAUGUGAUGUUGUGGGUACCGUCACCGACACACAAUUCAAAUGUCAGAUUGAAGCCACCGGAAAAGUCCAUCAGGUCUCUAAUCAAGGAGCUAGUGCCACCUAUGGAGUGGGCUAUGCAUGGAGUCCAAUGACAUUAGAUGUACACGUUGGUGACUAUAUUGAGUGGAAGUGGUCAGUGGCAGAUGGUGUGACUGGAAUCAACAUCGGUGUUCACCAGACCAAGACAGCAGUGGCAACCACUAGCUCCGGAUUCUCCAGUGGAGCAGGCACGCCCUCUGGAGCUUAUAAAUACCAGGUGACCAGGACUGGAGAUGUUUUCUACUGGAGUGACUAUGUGGAUGCCAACAGUAAGAUCGCAUUCCGGGGUUCUAUCAAGGCCAUGUCACGACCCCAGUCUGUGGAAGACUUUGGACUUAAACUCGGUGGAUAUGAGGCAGAGUAUGAUACUACAUCAGGUGUCGCUGAUCCGGCUGCUUCUGGUUGUGAGGUGACCUCUUCUAUCUCGGGCUGCACUGAUGCCCCGCCCACUGGAGGCUCUGCUGGUAAAUUCCACUUUUCCUUCGAGACUUGCCGUUCACCUUCUGUGUCCAGCAUUUCCCAUGACCAGGGACAUGCAGCGCAGGAUAUCACACUGUCCGGUUCAGGAUUCGGUGCCACUGGUUGCCAGCACAAGAUUGACAUUGGUGAUUACACCUGCUCUGUCUCCUCUGCCUCGGCUGGCAGUCUGGUUUGCAAUGUUGAUGGAUCAACACAACCCGGAGUUGGAGUAAUGAAGGAGUUGCAAGUGUCUGUCCUGAAUCGUGGCUAUGCUCUAUUGGCCACAUCCAAGGUCGCUACUUUUGUCCUCCUCCCUCACGUCAGUUCCUACUCUCCCCAGGAGGGAUCCAUGAAAGGUGGCUUCACUCUCACCAUCAAUGGAGGAGGAUUCAAUGCCAAUACAGUGGUCACGAUUGAUGCCAUCACUUGUGAGAUUACCAGUGUCACUUAUGACAGAAUCAUCUGUACAGCUCCCUCCCUCAACACCUACAGCUCUAAGCCGUUGGUUGUUAAGGUUCCCAGCAAUGGAAACAACUUGGAGGCCAAGUGUUCGGAUCCCUUGCUCAGUUGUUCCAUACGAUAUGCUCAGACCUCUACCCCAACAGUUGCCUCAGUUACCCCCGACUCCGUGUCAGGUUCCUCCACUGCCCUCACCAUUGAGGGAACCUUGUUUGGAACCACUGCAUCAGCUGUUACGGUGUCCAUUGGAGAUGCCUCUUGUUCAGUCACUGCAGUAACCAACACUCAGAUUCAGUGUACCGUGGGAACAGUCCCUGUGGGUUCACAAGACGUUUCUGUUGUCAUUGACGGCGUUGGCAGGGCCGCCACCACAGUCAAAGUGCAGAGUGAAGCUGUUUUGACUUCUAUCACCCCAUCUUCUGGAAGUACCAAUGGUGGUGCUUUAGUCACAAUUGCUGGAAAUGGUUUUGUAGCAAACAAGACAACAGUAACAAUUGGAGGAAAUGCCUGUACAGUGAAUGAUGUAACAUCAACUGCUAUUCAGUGUACCACUCCUGCAGGAACCGGAUCCGCAACUGUUGCAGUGGUUUCAGAUGGUGUCACAUAUGGCUCCGUGACCUACACCUAUGACCCCUCAGCCACACCUACAAUCACCACCCUCACUCCUCAAUCAGGAAACCCUGGUCAGACCCUCACUAUUUCUGGUUCUGGGUUUGGCUCAGGUUCUGUGAAGGUGUCAGUCGGUGAUACAGAUUGUUCAGUGACAAGCUCCUCAGCUACUGAGAUUCGUUGCACCCUGGGAGUUAGCUCCGCAGGAUCCAAGGCAGUUGUUGUUGAUGUUGUGGGAAAGGGUGUAUCCAGCAACUCCAAUCAGUUCACCUACAGUCUAGCUCUUGGUAGCAUCAGCCCUUCUUCGGGAAGUCUUGGAGGAGGACAAACAGUGACCAUCACAGGACAUGGUUUCUCCCCAAAGAGCACAGUCACUAUAUGUGGUCAGGCCUGUAGUCUGGAUUCCAGUGCCAGUCAGAGUGACACACAGUUUGUUUGCUCAACUCCUGUUCACGCAGCUGGUGGAUGUGAUGUGGUGGCCACAGAAGGAUCAGAGACAAACACUUUGGCCAGCAGUUACACCUAUGAUAGUUCUGUCACCCCCACCAUCACGUCAGUCAACCCCACCUAUGGCGGCACUGCUGGGGGUACCUCAGUCACUGUCUCAGGAACAGGAUUUGGAACUAAUUCUGCUGCGGUGUCUGUGAAGAUUGGAGGCGUGGCCUGUGCUAUAGAUACCAUUAGUGACACCUCCUUGACGUGUACCACUGGUGCCAGAUCAAGUUCUAUAGACACUGCCGUAUCUCUUCAGGUGGCUACCAAUGGCAUUGCUGAUCAGACCAACGCUGCCUUUAGAUACAUUGACGUGUGGUCCUCCCCCACCACGUGGGUAGGCGGGACAUUGCCAGGGGAGGGAGAAAUGAUUGUGAUUCAGGAAAACCAAACAAUUCUUCUGGAUGUUUCCACUCCGAUAUUGGGCAUGCUCCUCAUUCAAGGAGGAAAAGUGAUCUUCGAUGAGAAAGACAUUGAACUCAAUGCCAAAUACAUCUUGAUAACCGAUAAUGGAGCCUUAGAGGUAGGAAAGGAAGGUGCACCAUUCCAACAUCAGGCCACCAUCACAAUGCACGGAGUGUUCCGCUCUCCCGAGCUUCCUAUCUAUGGCUCCAAAUCACUGGGCGUCAGAGAAGGAACCCUAGAUCUGCACGGAAAACCAAAAGUAACAUGGACAAGACUGGCUGCCACUGCUAAUUCCGGAUCCUCCUCCAUCACUCUCCAGCAGGGCGUGGACUGGGAAGUAGGAGAUCAGAUUGUUCUGGCCACCACAGGUCAUCGCCACUCACAGGAGGAGACAGAAACCAAGAGAGUAGCAAGCGUUUCAGCUGAUGGUAAAACUGUGACUCUCGAUUCCCCGUUGACGUACACUCAUGUUCGUGUGACAGAGACCUACGGUACUGCCACUGUGGACAUGGCAGGCGAGGUGGGUCUGUUGUCCCAUAACGUCAGAUUCCGAGGAUACGGUGACCCAGAGUGGGUCACAAACAUCACGAAGUGUGAAGCGGGAUUCGACACGGGAGAGUUUACCACCCAGACCUGUUUCCAGGGUCGAUUUGGAGACGAGAUGGGAUCUGAUCAGUUUGGUGGUCACAUUCUGAUCCAUGCACCAAAACCUGAUUUAGGUUUGGCCACUGCCCGUAUUGAAUAUGUGGAAUUCACGCAUGUAGGUCAGGCCUUCAGACUAGGACGCUACCCCAUUCACUCGCACUUGAACGGAGACAUGAGUGCGUCUUAUGUUAGAGGUUGCGGUCUCCACAAGACAUUCAACAGAGCAGUGAAUGUCCACAAGACCCAUAAUCUGUUAGUGGAGCACAAUGUCAUCUAUAACGUCAUGGGUGGAUCGUUCUUCUUGGAGGAUGGUAUUGAAACAGGCAACAUCUUCCAGUACAACUUGGCUAUUUUUGUAAUUUCCAGCACUAGCUUGUUGAACGAUGAUAUCACACCAGCCUGUUUCUGGGUCACAAACCCUAACAACACCAUCCGACAUAAUGCAGCCGCAGGGGGAACUCACUUUGGAUUCUGGUACAGAAUGCACGAACACCCGGAUGGACCUUCCUUCGAUCCCAACAUCUGUCCAAGACAUGUACCCCUUGGAGAGUUUCAGAACAACACAGUUCACUCCAUGGGAUGGUUUGGACUGUGGAUCUUCCAGGAAUAUCACCCGAGGAAGGAUGGGUCCUGCGACGUCGCUGCGGAACAUGAAGUAGCAAAGUUCAGGUCUCUGACUGUGUGGAACUGCGAGAAAGGAGCAGAGGCUGUCAAUGCGGGAGCCCUGCAGUUUCACGAUUUCCACAUGAUCCACAACGAAAAGGCUGGUUAUGAAGGAAAACUCAUCAAGCACUCUCCUCAGAACCAGGAGAAUGCCAGCUAUGCAGUCGUAGACAGCAUUAUGGUAGCAAACAGCCCCGGACUGACUGCAGUGUCAGGACAGAAAAGCUACUGCACUAUUGGUGGGAUUGUCUUGCCUUAUGGUAAUGGGAUGAUGGUGAUCAACACUGAUUUCUACAACUUUGACCAGAGUAACUGUAAUGCUUUCACACUCACCAAGAUUGAUGGAACUUGCACUGUUUAUUGUGGAGGAUACUCCUACAGAUUUAAAGAGAUAUCAUUCACCAACUCUCCCAAUCAUGGAAAGUUUGACUGGAAAUGGCAGGCUGUGAUGAUUGAUAUGGAUGGAUCCCUGUCGGGCGGUGCAGCCGGGUCCCAACUCACUCCAACUAGUGCCACGCUACCCUCAUCUUGCACCAGCGAUACAAACUUCAACAAAGGGGUACCUGCUAGUUUGUGCCCCGGGUCCCUCAAGUUCCACCGUGUGGCAUUGAACAAUAUCGAACCUGUGUCACUGGAGGGCCAACGAAUGAUCCUCAACAACUCCUACGGAUCAGACUAUGCUGACUUUGGACUCAAAAGGAUUUCACACAAGCCUGGCUGGAUUGGAACUCUCAUUGAUGGAGAGACGUACAGAUUUUCAUGGGAAGAUGGGGAGAAAAUCACAAAUGUUUCCUACCAUGCAACUUUCUACCAGUUUGAGGAUCCAUCCAACAAUGUUAAGAUCUGCCAACGCUUUGAGAGGAAGCCUGAUCGAUUUUCAUUGGAUGGAAACACUUUUAAUAAUGCCUCAGUUACCCCAAUGGUUUAUGGAACUAAUAAAAAUGGAGACUGGGAAUUCCAUGAUUCGGAGAUGGAACUAUGCUAUUUAGUUUCUGGUAAAACCAGUCGCAGGAAGAAGAGGGGUUCUGGAGCAAUGCCUGUCUAUGCGGAGGACAGAGAUUGCUCUGUUACUGCCUUCAAGUGCUACUACACGGACUGCGUCCCUCCCCCUGAUCCAGAUACCAUUCCCCCAACCUGCACCCGACCAUCCAAUGCAACCAAGUGGUCAGAUGUGGCAACAUGGCAGACCGCAGCGCCCGGAUGGGGUGGUAACCUUGGAAAUGGACAAUAUGGACUUCCUCAACAGGGUGACAAGGUCAAGAUUCCUAAAGGUUACUGGGUGAUUCUGGACCAGCCCAUCCCUAGUUUUGCAGAAUUGGUCAUUGAGGGAACCCUAGAACUUGAUCAUGGACCAGCCAAAACCAAUUCUUACACAAUUGAUGUGACCUACUUGUACAUAUUAGGCGGACGACUCAUCAUUGGCUGUGAGGAAGCAGCACCUUUUGAGGGCGAAGCCUCCAUCAUCUUACGUGGUGAUCCCAACACCGCCCCCUACCCAGUCACAGAGGGCCCUAAUGUGGGCUCAAAAGUCAUUGCGGUCUUUGGAGGACUGGACAUACAUGGUAAAAACCACACUGUGACCUGGACAACUCUGUCUCAAACUGCUGCAUCGGGGGCUAACCAGAUCUCGCUGACCGAUACAGUGGACUGGGCAGUCAAUGACGAGAUUGUGAUCACAUCCACAAGCUACAUGGCUUGGGAGGUUGAGGUCCGCAAGAUCAGUGCAAUAUCUGCUGACAAAAGGAGCCUGACACUGAAUGAAUCCCUGUCACACAAACACAUCUCUAUGGAAGAGUCCUUCAGUAAUGGUGAGAAGUACUCAAUGAGAGCUGAAGUGGGACUUCUGUCUCGCAAUGUCAAGAUUAUUGGAGCCGUUUACCCCAACAUGUUUUCUGAUUCGUAUGGAGCUCGUGUGCUUGUUGGUGUUACUGCUGAUCCCACCAGGCGUUACACUGGAUUUGCUAGACUUUCCAAUGUGGAAUUUUUCCGCGGCGGACAGGAAGGAUACACUGCUACCUACGAUCCGCGACAUGCUCUCAGCUUCGUUGACAUUCCAAUAUCCAACGUCAAACCGUGCUAUGUUAAACAGUGCAGCUUCCAUCACAAUCUAGGAAUUGCCAUCGGUGUCUACGGAACCAACAACCUAGAGAUUCAAAACAACGUCAUCUACCACAGUGUGGGAUCAGCAAUCCACACAAAGUCUGCAGGCACAGCCAUUCGUAACAACCUCAUCUCAUUGAAUCUGUGGCCAGGGUCUUACAUAGGUCGUUCAGAGCCCAUGAACAUCUAUUACGAUGGGUCUGUGGAUGGUGUCAAAGCCAGCGGAACUAUAUUACAGGGAAAUGCCAUUUCUUCAUCCGAGCGCUCAGGUUACCAUGGAGAUUUUGAGAGUUGCACAGCAACUGACACCUGGUUUGACAACAUCUUCCAUUCUAACCUGAUGGCUGUUGGCAUAUUUCCUAUAGACAAGGUCAACCCGCCCACAUGUUGGAGGAUUGCCAAUAUGUCCAUCUGGAAGAACUAUAAUUAUGGAGUUUUUUACCAGAGUGUGUAUGAAAUCAGCAUGGAGAAGCUAACUUUAGUUGACAACAAUGUCGGAAUCUUCCCGAUGAUUAUUGGACCUGCGGCCCUUGAUCAUGCGUACCAGAACAAGAAAGUGACCAUCUCGAAAAGUCUGGUGGUUGGCAAGUCUUCAGUCUUUGAUUGUGCUAAUGAUAAGAUGGACUUCUCUUUGCCAUAUGUUAACCUGAGAAGAACAUUUGAUAAGUCCUGGAGGAUUGAAACUAAAGGAAGAACCGGAAUAUCCAUCUCCAUCUUCAGCUCUGGUCCAAAUAAUGCACCAGAAAAGCCGUUUGCUGGUAUCAUGGCAUAUAAUGCUAUAGCUGGCUUUACUACUAUCACAGACACUACAUUUGCUAACUUCCAAACUGGUUCAUCUGGUGAGUGUGGAAUGGACAUUGCUCUUGCGACUGACCCCAACAAUGACGAUGCUUGUCAUCCAACUGAGCUGACCGGAAACAGGAAGUUCAACGUCGGAGCAGAAAACACUGUGUAUUACCAUCGACCGAGAUUGUCAAAGGUCAACCCAUCUGAUUGUGUGGACAUGGACUGUGAUGGCCACAAGAAAUGUUUGGUGAAGGACACAGAUGGGUCCCUGUUCGGCAGUCCUACUACCAUUGUGCCACAAGCUGAGUUUGAGUGGGACGGAGACCCGCGCCGUGGGCUUGGAGACUAUAGAAUCCCAAAACCCAUUCUGACUGCCCCUGGCGGAGCUGUUCUCACAGUAGAACAGGUGGCGAAGUACAAAGGUGUGCUGCGAGACGAUACCUGCACAUACAACAAUAACCAGCAGGUGUAUAAGUGCACCGACUACACAUACAGACAACUGACCAUCGAGAGCAUGGACGCCGACACAGAAUUACGCCGUUUGUCACCAGUGGCUAUCUUGGCAUGGAAUGGCAAUGGAGACGGGUUUAUUGAUCUGAUUAACGGACCCCAGGACCAUGGCUGGUGUGCGGGUUACACCUGCCAAAAGAGAUUGUCCACAUUCCAGGCUAUCGCCGCUUCUGGAAGGAACUACUCUUUGUACUUCAGUAGUACUGCACCUCAACACCUCCGACUAAUGAUGCUCAAUACUCCGUCCUCAGAACGCAUCCGAGUAGGUGCCUACAACAGUAAACCUAACCGACUAGACGUCUUUGUCAAUGGAGAAUAUAAACUUCCUAAGAAUGGUCAGCUGGAUUCCAACAAAAAUCUCAUUCUGCAGGCACCCACUAGUGUCAAUCAGUACAAUCCUAAGGUGGAUACAGAUCCCUGUGGCACCAAUUACAUGGACCGUGACUGGCAGGAAAUGCAGAUCAUCGUCUGUGGUGGGGAUGAAGUGGAAAUCAAAAUGUCCCCGCAAAUUGUCGUGGGAUUUAAUGUUCCCACCAUGACUGUGGACCAAUUCUUUGGACCCAAUCUCUUGAACAAUCUGGCCACGUUCUUGGGUAUUCCUAGUGACAAAAUCCGUACCAUGCAGGUUCAGUCGGGGGUCAGUCGCCGUAGACGAUCCACUGGAACUAACACUAUGUACUACAUCGAGGUCGGUAACCCCCCAUGCACGGACAUUAAUUGUACGACUGUGGUCAGUGCGAUGUCUUAUACUGACCAACAGACCCUGGCCUCCAAGAUCAUUAAUCAAUACCAGCUCGGCAAUCUCUCUGACAUCUUGAACAUCACCAUCAAUGGUGUCGCUGUGGCCGAGGCCUUACCACCGACCUCUGACCCUAACUGGGCCAAGGUUGUGGAGUCUUCUGACUACGUGAAUACCAUCAAGGUCCCUACAGUGAUGGAGUUCCAAACGGAGAUAACUGCAGGAACAGAGGGCAAUGCCUUCCCAGUCCAGCCGGUGUUACAGUUCAAGGAUAGCAAUGGAGACAGGGUUACCUUGUUAGGAGCAACAGCUUACCCCUGGAAGGUCGAAGUCAGCUUAAGAACAGGAAGUGGAAGCAAUUCAUUGGCCACACUGGUCGGAAACACCACUAUGUCCUUCAUCGAUGGCUGGGCAAAUUUCACCGGUCUGGGGAUAUCCCACAGCGGAACAGGGUACAUUUUAGACUUUAAGGUGAUCGAACCAUCCGAGGCCAGCUUUACUCUUGCCUCCACAGCUAUCAGUGUCGCUCAGCGAUUACUGACCUCUUCUGUGACCUACACGUCCCCCGACGUCUACCAGGGUAGCUCACAUACCAUUAAUCUGGACAUUCGAGACAAAGACACUGGAAUUGUUUUGCCAGACAUUGCUUGGAGUGGCCUAAAUUGGUACGUCAACACCUCCCUGGUGUCUGGACUAUCCUAUACCGGAUCUAUGUCCACCAGUACACCGUCGAAAGCUUUUGAUCCAAUGUCAGGUCUUGUGAUCUUGAAUGACCUCCAGCUUGACACCAUUGGUAUGGCUCACGUGAAAUUCACAGUGUACUCAGUGCCAGCCCAGUAUUCCCAUGAAGUCAUUCAUGAACUGACCGUCUACCCAACAGAGGCCCAAUCCGUUACCAUAGACACCACUAACACCAUUAAUGUGAAGUUCGAUUUAGACUUUGCCACAUAUGGUAACACACAGUUUGGGGCAGUGGUGUUGAAUUACUUCCAGUCUAGAUACCAUUACAUGAAGAUGUCCAACCUGCAGGUCAGCCAAGGAAGUGUGGUAGUCACUAUCACAGUAUCCGGCAAUUCCACCACAGUAUUGGAAGUGACUGAGGCCAUGUGCACCGCCAUUAAAGAUGGCACCACCUUUACAUACGGAGGAACCACUGUCUCACUCAAGAGCUACAUGACAGUGAAUGGAGCUAGCUAUUGUUCUGAUGAGUCCAGCGCAGAGACAGACAAGGAUGAUGAUAAGGAAAAAGAAAUCAGAGCACUGAUGAUCAUCGGAAUCUGCAUCGCUGUUCUCCUCGUCAUUCUCAUCGUUGUUGCUGUUUUGGUCUGGAGACUGAAAGUCUACCCCAAGACAAAGACGCACAGGUCGCAAUGUAAACAAGGAGCAAGUUUUGCCGGACGGCUACCAGGAAUGCACUCAGACGGAGAUGCGGUGUACAUUGGUAAGGGCAAAGGAACAUUCUUCUUUGAAGACAGCUUCUACAGACAGGACACGUUUAACAGCCUGAGGACAGAGAAUUCGUUCCUAGAGGAUGGUCAGAAACCUCCCAUCAACACCACAUUCUACGAGAAGAGUCCCACUGGCCCUGCCCUGAGCCGCCACUUCUAAAUAAUCCACUGAAUGAUGUGGAGCUUUGUUAAUCUUUUUCUGAUAUUUAUAUUACUUUGCACAAAAAAACUUAUCUAUAUCCAUGGAAAAUAUAUCUGCAAAUUUCAACAUGGAAUUAGUGAAGUACAUUAAUUGCUCUUGUUUGUUGUUUUAUUUAUAUUUAUUCUGACACGUACUCUUUGUCUGUGAUAUAUACCCUGUGAUAAAAAAUUAUCAUUUUGUUAUUGUUGACAAUCAAUUGCAAAUUUGUAGACAAUACUUUUAAUAAAACUCUGAAGUUGAA